AUGGAUCCCAAAAGAGGUUAUCUCGAAGCAAGAAAACUUUUAAAGAAAAGAUUCAGUCAGAAUUAUAGAAUUGCCACAGCUGAUGUCGAUAAACUCCCAAAAGGACCGGUUAUUAAAAGAGAAGACAAUGCAGCCAUUCAACGAUUGUCGGUUCAGUUAACAUUGUAUAUGAACACACUUACUGAAAUCGGUUAUAUGAGCAAGAUCGAGAACCCAGAGUGCUUGAAGUUAAUCAUCGCAAGACUACCAUACGAUAUGAGAAAAAGGUGGCGUGCCAUCGCCGAUAAUAUAACUGAGGAUGAAGAGAGAGAAAUUACCCUUUGCGAUGUUACUCGAUUUGUCAAAAGGCAAGCACAAAUCCUCAAUCAUCCCGUGUUUGGUAACAUUUCAGCUGAUUAUGACUAUACUGGCAAGAAGAUCAGAAACAAGAAACUGAAAGGGACUAGUUUAGCUACGCAAGCUGGGAAAGGGAACAAUGAUACUAAACGGAAAGGCAACUUUGGCAAUGUUGAAUCACCAAGACCAAUCAAGAAUUGCAUUGUUUGCAACCAAGCCCAUACACCGGAAGAAUGCUCAAAAUUCCAAGCUAUGUCUUACGAAGAACGCGUGGAACUUGUCAAAUGA